GCAGAGACCCACAGGCUCUCUGGACUGAACCGAGUCUCUGCUUUUAAAACACACCCGAUAACAUUUUAUUAUCACUUCAGAGACUCGGCGCUGUUUUUCCAGCCGGAUCCGCUUUUAUUUCCAUAGAUUUUUUGGCCACUUUUCCCUUCUACUCGGCUUGGAUUUUACUAAGGGCGUGUUUGGGAGUUUCAUCUCCUGUACUUGUGCGACUCUGAGGAAUGACAGCAACUGGAAAGGGUCUGCGAUCCGCCUGAAUGGAAACAAUGGAUUAUAAGGACCUCGGACAUAAUUUCGAGGAGAAGCUGACACUAACAGACAAGACUCUGCCCCUGCAGACAGACUCCCAGUCCAUCCAGAAUGGGGACAAAUCUUUGGGGAAAGACCUCCUGACUCCAGAGGACUCAGCCGUCUCAGACCUUUCUCCCAAAACAGACUCCAGCUCCAAAACAGAGACCCCCCUUAAGACAGAUGCCUCCUCCAAGACAGACGCUCGGCCAUCCACGCCCGGCUCAAGCAGCAGCAGCCCUCAGCCCAAGAAAGACUCAGUGAGCUCGGAGCAAAGACAGAAGCUUGCGAAGGAGCGGAGGGAGGAAAGAGCCCGAUACAUCGAACAGCAAACUCAGCUGCAAGCUGCAAAGAAGGCUCAGUGGCUGCAGAAGGAGGAGAAGGCCCGGCGUCUGAGGGAGAAUCAGCUGGAGGAGCGCAGGAGGAAGCUGGAGGAGCAGCGGCUGAAGGCGGAGAAACGUCGAGCGCUGCUGGAGGAGAAACAGAGACAGAAACUAGAAAAGAACAAGGAGAGAUACGAGGCAGCUAUCAAGAGAUCGACCAAGAAGACUUGGGCCGAGAUCCGCCAGCAGAGGUGGUCCUGGGCAGGCGGCCUAAACCAGACCUCCCGCAGAGAGAGCAGAUGCUCGGCCUCCACGGUCAACUUGCCGAGACAGGUGGACCCUGUCAUUAACAACAGGCUUUCCAAGUCCUCUGCCACGCUCUGGAACUCCCCCAACAGAACCCGCAGCCUGCGCCUCAGCCCGUGGGAGAGCCGGAUCGUGGAGCGGCUCAUGACGCCGACGCUGUCCUUCCUGGCCCGCAGUCGCAGCGCCGCCACCCUCCUCAACAACAGCGACUCUCGUGAGUACUCUCACCACUGCUCCCGUUCAGCCUCGGCCAGCCCGCUGAACGCCUGCUCCCAUCACCACCCGCACCAGAACACCGCAGAGCGCUGGAGGGUCUCCUCAGCCAGCACGCCGGACAUCACCCAGCGCCAGCGCCGACGAAAUUCCACCCCGGUGGAUAAAAAGAAGAAAGAGAAGAAGGACAAAGAGAGAGAGAAUGAAAAAGAGAAGAGCGCUCUCACAAAAGAGAAAGUGCAGAAGAAAAGACAGACGGCAUCGCCUACGACCACGAUCCAGAGAUCCAGGCCAGAGACCAGCACCCCGAGGCCCAAAAACAGACCUCCGUCACCUGCCGCCCCCAAAAGUCGCCCCCUGUCCCCGUUGGUGCCAGCAGCAGGUGCCGCGAAGACCCCCUCGGGCAAGAAAACGCCUCCUCCUCCCGGCACCAAGACCCGACCGAAACGGGCCCAGACGCCUGCCAGAGUGCAGCCCCAGGCGGUUUCUGCUGUCACCGUGGAAACGGGCCACGAACCCCAGCAGCCCGACACUUCAGAGGAGAAAAAGACUCCGGGUAACGUCCCUGCCAUCGUGGUGUCCUCCGCACCGGCCACUCCUCUUUCUCCCAGCCCGCCAGUCGUAUCAGCAGCGUCUCCAGCUGUACCGAGCGUAGAACCUGCGGCGACCACCGUCAGCAAUCCGGCUCCUUCUCCUGCACCCGCUGCCGCCUCCACCCCGGCCGCGCCGGCCAGCAGCAGGCCCUCAGCAGGCACCAACGACCCAGAGGAGGCCGCUCGCGUCCUCGCAGAGAAACGCAGACAAGCCCGAGAGCAGCGGGAGAGAGAGGAGCAGGAGCGUCUGGAGCAGGAGCAAAAGAAGAAGAUCCUGCAGGAGGAGGCAAGGGCCCGGGAGGCAGAGGAGAGGAAGCGCAGGGAGGAGGAGGCUCGCUUCAUGGCCGAGCAGCAGCGCCUGAGAGACGAAGCCAGGAGAGCUCAGGAGGAGAAGGAGGCGCAGGAGAGAGCGAAGGUCGAGCAGGAGGAGAACGAGAGGCUGCAGAGACAGAGGGAGGAAGCUGAAGCGAAAGCCCGCGAGGAGGCCGAGCGUCAGCGCAUAGAGAGGGAGAAGCACUUCCAGAAAGAAGAGCAGGAGCGCCUGGAGAGGAAGAAGCGCCUCGAGGAGAUCAUGAAGAGGACUCGGAAGAGCGAUGCGGGAGAUAAGAAGGAUGUCAAAGCGUCUCCUCAGGUCAACGGAAAGGACGCAGAGCCGAGUAAAGCUCCUGGAAACCUGCAGGCCCCCGGUGCAUCGGUGCUCAACCCAGCACAAAGCGUUUCCAGCCCUGUUGUUGUAAACGGCGUCCAGCCCUCCGUGCACCAAAACGGCGUCUCAGCCAACGGGACUGACUUCGAGGAGAUCAUUCAACUGAACAACAGUGGCGGCAGCGGUAACCCCAGCCAGCAGCAGAGCGGGCUGGUGAAUGAGCCAAUCAUGGCGUUCGAGGGAGGAGAGUCCUUCCUGAUGAAAACAGGCCCCAUGAAGCCUCAGCAUGUCGCAGAGGUCCUGUGAGUCGCCACACAUCCAUGGAGACGCGCCUUUCGUCUCUGCUUGAGCUAUGAGAUUCAUGCCACACCACAGCGGCUUAUAAAACAGCGUGCCAAACAAAACAACCAGCGUUCACCUGCGCUGACUCCACAUCCACGGUAUCCACAGCAGAGGGACGGCAAGGAGGAGCAGAACUGGCUGGGAAAAAAAAAAACUCAUCUGAAACAUUAAAAAACACAUAAAAAGCUUAAGUAUUCUCUGUCUUCACCGCGUGUUAUGGUGCAGCAUUUUUGUCAAGUUUUACCGAAACGUCACAUGCAGAUUUUAUGGUGCACCUUAAAGAUGACUGACUGUGUAACAAAUUUUAGAAAAUACAGUAUAAAAUCCUGGAAAUACAUAAUAUUUGACAAUGGUUGUUAUUAUUACCGUCGCUAUGAUAUUGUUAUUGUUACCUUAAGUUGAGCAUUGUGUGUGUGCGUGUGUGUUUUGCUGUUUUUGUCUUGAAUUAUUGAGUUAUUUAACACGGGGAGCAUCGGUAAGGACUGGCCACAGUGUAUGUAAAUGUAUAAUGAGCCCGGCUGCCUCGGCCUCCUGUUACGGGGGAUCUGUGAAAUAAAGCUUUAUGAAAGGGAGCGA